AUGGGCUUUUCCACAUCCAACCCUACACGUGAGUUCCAGGAAGAAUCGCUGGAGAAUGCGCUGGGCGCUUCCUCACAAUGUUUUUCUUCAGGGAAAACCAAAUCAUGUCACGUGCCCGCCACACCUGUGGCGGACCUCACACCUGAGCCCGGGCCCGCUGCACACACAACCCCGGACCUCACACCUGUGCUCGGGGCCCGGGGUCCGCUGCACACACAACCCCGGACCUCACACCUGAGCCCGGGGCCCGCUGCCCACAGAACCCCGGACCUCACACCUGAGCCCGGGCCCGCUGCCCACAGAACCCCGGACCUCACACCUGAGCCCGGGCCCGCUGCCCACAGAACCCCGGACCUCACACCUGAGCCCGGGCCCGCUGCACACACAACCCCGGACCUCACACCUGAGCCCGGGCCCGCUGCACACAGAACCCCGGACCUCACACCUGAGCCCGGGCCCGCUGCACACACAACCCCGGACCUCACACCUGAGCCCCGACCCGCUGCACACAGAACCCCGGACCUCACACCUGAGCCCGGGCCCGCUGCACACAGAACCCCGGACCUCACACCUGAGCCCCGGCCCGCUGCACACAGAACCCCGGACCUCACACCUGAGCCCGGGCCCGCUGCCCACAGAACCCCGGACCUCACACCUGAGCCCGGGCCCGCUGCCCACAGAACCCCGGACCUCACACCUGAGCCCCGCCCCGCUGCACACAGAACCCCGGACCUCACACCUGAGCCCGGGCCCGCUGCCCACAGAACCCCGGACCUCACACCUGAGCCCGGGCCCGCUGCACACAGAACCCCGGACCUCACACCUGAGCCCCGGCCCGCUGCCCACAGAACCCCGGACCUCACACCUGAGCCCGGGCCCGCUGCACACAGAACCCCGGACCUCACACCUGAGCCCGGCCCGCUGCCCACAGAACCCCGGACCUCACACCUGAGCCCGGGGCCGCUGCCCACAGAACCCCGGACCUCACACCUGAGCCCGGGAUGGGGCGCGGCUGCCAGGCCCUGGAGGGGCCCGGCCAGGAGCCUGAAGCCGGAGGAGCGUCAAGAGGCGGCUGCGGGUCAGGAGCUCCUAUUGCCAAAUGAGAGAAGCCUCCAGAAUGCUGCUAAAAGCAAUAAUUUGGAUCUUAUGGAGAAGCUGUUUGAAAAGAUUAACAUUAAUGCUGUGAACAAUAUGAACCGCACAGCCCUGCAUUUUGCAGUGGGGGCAAAUCAUUUAUCUGCGGCGGAUUUCUUGCUUAAUCGCAAGGCCAGGGUGGAUGUUGCUGAUAAGCAUGGCUUGACAGUAAUUCACCUUGCAACCUGGUCUGGAAGCCUUGAGAUCAUGCUCAUGAUGGUUAGAGCUGGAGCAGACCAGAGAGCCACGAAUCAGGAUGGAAUGAAGGCCCUUCACUUUGCAGCUCAGAGCAAUAAUGUGCACAUUGUAGAGUACUUCAUUCAAGAUCUGCACCUGAAGGACCUGGACCAGCCUGAUGAGAAAGGAAGAAAACCAUUUCUUUUGGCAGCUGAGAGGGGCCAUGUCGAAAUGAUAGAAAAACUUACCUUCCUUAAUCGGCAUACUUCAGAAAAGGACAAGGAGGGGAAUGCUGCCCUGCACCUUGCAGCGCAGCAUGGCCACGGCUCUGCGGUAUGGGCGCUGCUAACCCGGGAAGAAAUAAAUGAGACCAAUGAGAAUGGAGAAACACCAUUCUUCCUAGUUGUUGCAGGAGGUCGUGAAGAAUGCAGCAGAGUGCUGGUGGCAGCAGGAAGUGAUACCAACAUUCCAAAUGCACUCAAUCCCAGUGCUUUGCAGAUAGCAACCCAGGAUGGCCACGCAUCCCUUGUCAGCCUUCUUCUCGGUGAGAACGCUGAUCUGCACCAGAAGGUGAAACCUAAGGCGUCCGCCCUUCAUUUAGCUGUUAUCAACAACCACAUCACGGUGGUCAUCAGCUUAUUAAGUGCACAGCAUGACAUUGACAUCUUAAAUCAGCAAGGAAAGACUGCCUUGGCCGUGGCCUCCCGGAGCAACCACAGCCUUGUUGUGGACAUGCUCAUAAAAGCAGAAAGAUACUAUGCCUGGAGAGAGAAGCAUGGUGAGAGCACCAGGGACGCACCAACCAACUUUCCUCUGACAUUCAAGCAAGACCACAGCCAGCAGACCAGGCAUAUUCGCAGUCUCCUCUGGAACCUGGCUUAUCGUCAGCUGAAGGCCAACGAGUGGCAGAGGCUGGCCCGAGCAUACUUCACAGAUGACCAGAUCAGAGCCAUCGAGGAGCAGUGGUCAGCACAGGACAGCUUCCGUGAACACGGCCACCGGGCUCUGCUCAUCUGGCUGCAUCUUCCGGACGCGCCGGUCAAGCACCUGUAUGAAGAGCUGGUCCGCGCAGGUUUCCCGGAACUAGCUGAAAAGAUCCAUCAAUUCAAAAGUGAAACUAACUCAAAGCCCAAGAAAUGCAGUUUCAUAAAAGCCUAG